CGGGGCGUGGCUCGGCGGAGGCGGCGCGCAGGGCCCCGCGUAGGCGUCCGCAUCUGUGACCGUGACCGAGUCCGCGCGUCCGCGGCGGCCCAGGGGCCGACAUGGCGGGCUGCGUUACCCGGCGGGCCCUGGCCGUGGGCGGCCGCUGCUGCUGCUGGUGGCCCCGGCCGCUGGCGGGGGCCCGGGCGCUGCGGCCACUCGCGACCUUUCCCCCCGCGCACCCGGCCGCGGCCACGGCGCGGAGACACCUCUCGUCCCGAAACCGACCAGAGGGCAAAGUGUUGGAAACAGUCGGCGUGUUUGAGGUGCCAAAGCAGAGUGGGAAAUAUGAGACAGGCCAGCUCUUUCUUCACAGCGUAUUUGGGUACCGAGGGGUUGUCCUGUUUCCCUGGCAGGCCAGGUUGUACGACCGUGAUGUGGCUUCAGACGCCCCGGAGAAAACAGAGAACCCAGCUGGCCAUGGCUCUAAGGAGGUGAAAGGCAAGACCCACACGUACUACCAGGUGCUGAUUGAUGCGCGGGACUGCCCACACAUAUCUCAGAGAUCUCAGACAGAAGCUGUGACGUUCUUGGCCAACCAUGAUGACAGUCGAGCCCUUUAUGCUAUACCAGGACUGGACUACGUCAGCCAUGAAGACAUCCUCCCUUACACAUCCACUGACCAGGUCCCCAUCCAGCACGAGCUGUUUGAAAGGUUCCUCCUCUACGAGCAGUCCAAAGUUCCGCCCUUUGUGGCCCGGGAGACCCUUCGUGCUUGGCAGGAGAAGAAUCACCCCUGGCUAGAGCUGUCAGACGUCCAUCGGGAAACCACCGAGAACAUCCGUGUCACUGUCAUCCCCUUCUACAUGGGCAUGAGGGAGGCCCAGAAUUCCCAUGUCUACUGGUGGCGCUACUGCAUCCGUUUGGAAAACCUGGACAGUGAUGUCGUACAGCUUCGGGAACGUCACUGGAGGAUAUUCAGCUUGUCGGGCACGUUGGAGACGGUGCGAGGCCGAGGGGUCGUGGGCAGGGAGCCUGUCUUAUCCAAGGAGCAGCCGGCUUUCCAGUACAGCAGCCACGUCUCUCUGCAGGCCUCCAGCGGGCACAUGUGGGGCACCUUCCGCUUUGAGAGGCCUGAUGGCUCUCACUUUGAUGUCCGAAUUCCCCCCUUCUCUCUGGAGAGCAAUAAGGAUGAGAAAACGCCCCCUUCUGGCCUUCACUGGUAG